AGCACAAUUUUGUGGUUCUCGUUGUCUCCAGCAGGCGGCGGUAGAUCGCCGAACAGAGAGAGCGCUCCAGGCCCCUGGGCUCAAAAAGAAAGUGGGAGGUGAUGUGAACCAAACAUUUACACACGCCAGGGCUCCUCAUAUUUCAUCCAGAGGAGCGCAUGGAUCCGGGCUUUAGGCACACUGCCCGCCGCUGUCCUGGAUGCUGCACAGAUUGAGACCGGAGGCUGCCGCAUCCCUCAGUUUGAACGUAUCUCAGAUCACACUGAUUGCUGCGAGUGUGACAGCUUGAACUAAGCCGACAGAGAUAGCGCACGGGAGCGGUUGUUUCGCGUACAGUGCCGGUGGUGAGACAGCACGGGGGGAGAUGGAGCGGUGGAAAGGCAGAGUGGCCCUGGUGACCGGAGCCUCAGUGGGGAUUGGAGCGGCUGUAGCCCGGGCACUGGUCCAGCAAGGCAUGAGGGUUGUCGGCUGCGCCAGGAGUGUCGACAAAAUAGAGAAACUGGCAGCAGAGUGUCAGAGUGCAGGCUACAGUGGCACAUUGAUCCCUUACAAGUGUGACCUGUCCAACGAAGAGGAGAUCCUGUCCAUGUUUUCUGCCAUCAAGACGCUACACAAGGGCGUGGACGUGUGCAUCAAUAAUGCUGGACUGGCCCAUAAUGAGCCUUUGCUCAGCGGGAAGACAGAGGGCUGGAGGAACAUGAUCGAUGUAAAUGUCUUAGCCUUGUCUAUCUGCACCCGGGAGGCGUACAAAUCAAUGAAGGAGAGGAAUGUGGACGACGGCCACAUCAUCAAUAUUAACAGUAUGGGUGGUCACCGAGUGGUGCCAAGUGCUGAUGAGCAUUUCUACUGUGCCACUAAAUAUGCUGUGACUGCUCUGACUGAGGGGAUACGGCAGGAGCUUCGAGAAGCGAACACCCACAUCAGAGCCACGUGUAUAUCUCCUGGAAUAGUGGAGACUGAGUUUGCCUUCAGGCACCACAACAGCGAUCCGGAGAAAGCAGCUGCAGUGUAUGAGAGUAUGAAAUGUUUGAAAGCGGAAGACAUAGCCAGUGCGGUCACAUUUGUCCUCAGUGCCCCUCCUCAUGUCCAGAUUGGAGACGUGCAGAUGAGGCCAGUAGAGCAGGUGUCAUAGCAGUGAAAACGGGAAGCUGCAGGAGGAGCGGACAGACGGCAGCCUUGGUGACUCCUUAGCGACCUCUGCUGGGCAAGGGGGGAGGGGGGGAGGGGGUAAAACAAAUCAACUACAGCUGUGUUGGAUCUACAGGGACGUGGACAAAGAGGGCUGGAGCCUCAAGGAGGCCUGUGCGAGGAAAUGAAGGGCGUGGACUUUGUCAACCACUGCGAAAAAUACUACUGAAUGCAGCGACCUGGUAUUUGUGAAUUGUUGAGCCCAGUCCUCAAUGAGCUGACUCCAAACUACAGUAGGAACAAAUAAGGAACAGGAGGGAGUUGCUGCUGUGCUAUGUGGUCAUCUGCACGACCAUCACUUCAGAGGGAAGAGUAUGCCAUUGAUUGCACAUGUUCUUUUUUUUUUUCUGUUUUUGUUUUUGUAGGUCAUAUGACAUAUCUUUUUGAAAAUUAAAUGGAAAGAGUAAUUGCUGUUUAUAAGAAUGACUUUUUUUUGUUUUGUUUUUAUAAAUAUUUUAACUUUUGAUCAUAGUAUUGAUCUCAUACUCACUAACCAUAGACAGUACUUUGUCGUACUCACUGUAACUUAACCAUCAACGGUUGGUUGUCCAUCACACCACUCUUUACUCUUCGUAUGUGUUCACAAAGACAUUCAGUCACCCGCGUUUGAUUCGAUCCGUUUUCAACCCAUUGUCAGGAUUCAGAAAGAAAUGCAAACGAACGAUACUUUGUCUGUUAAGCACAGAAGUUUCUACAGUCCACCUUUUUGCCUGUGUAAUUUCAGUUGUUCUGCACUUUGGAUUCUUAUAUGAGGAGUUACAAGAAGGAAACACUGGCAACUUACGUAGGGGAAGAAACUAACUCCGUGCACAUGUAUACCCUAGAAAUGUCUACCUGUCAGUGGAAAUUUCUCCUUAAAUGAUUCAAUAAAAACGAUUGCCUACAAGAA